AUGGCGGUGGCUAAGAGGCGUCUUUCUUGGUUGGAUGAACGCCUCCGUGAUUUACAACCAAAAUCCAUGGCGUCUGUACCUCGCUCUCCCGCAGCAAUGGAAUGGCGGUGCAGGCCAAUGCAGCAGGUGUUCACUCUGAAGACGCCCCAACUUGUUCAAACAAGUAUGAUGAUUUUACAUGGAAGACUAGUUUUGUUAGACCCAUGCAAUCAGAAGUUGUCAAUGCUCUCCGUGAGAGGUGACGGCGCAGCGCGAGCAUCGUUGAUUCUUUCGAACUUUCAUCACACCAAGGAAGCACUGACCAAGGAAGAUUUUUCUUAUAUAUUGGAGUAUUGUGCAGAGGCACCUGAUCCUUUGUUUGUUAUGGAAACUUUGGAACUCAUGGAGGAGAAGGCCAUUGGCAUGAGUAAAAGUAUCUACAGAUAUGUCAUUAGAGCUCUGAGCAGAGGGGGAUAUGAGAAGGAGGCACUUCACUGGCUGGCUCUUCUUGGGGAGAAAGAAAGCACUCAUGCCACUAUACCGAUUUUUAAUAUCUUUCUAAAUGCCUGUGGAAGUAGAGAAAAUCUGAAGGAUGCUGAAUGCUGUCUUGAGAUACUGGAAAAUCUUUUUCUUGGGAAGUCUGAAAUAACAUACUGUGAGCUUUUGAAGCUUGCAGUGUUACAGGGAAAUUUGCCUGCAACUUAUGAUAUCUGGAAGGACUGCUGUAGGUAUUAUAGCCCAAGCAUUAUCAUGCAAAGGAGACUUAUAAGGGCUUUAACUGCGCUAGGUGACCUUCAAUCUGCAUAUCACAUCUUGCAGCAUAUGGUAGCCCUUGCUGCACGAAGCUCUGACUAUCUGAGGGUGUCUUCUAAAAGAAGAUACCAGUCAUCGAGACUAGACAUUCCUGUACCUGCUUUGAAUGAAUUUGAAGAUCUCACCCUGCCAUCAUGUCAAGGGAAGCUGGCUACUGGCGAACAUUUGGUUGAUGCUCAGCCUGAGCUAUUUGAGGAGAAAACUCGGUCAGGCAACAAUCUUUCUUAUAAGGUUGGAGUAGAUGGUGUUGCAAAUACAUUGAAGUCUGCACCAAGUGCAGUAAAACAAAUUUUGAGAUGGGCGUUCAAUGAUGUUUUGCAUGCAUGUGUACAGUUUAACAACUGUCAGUUAGCUGAGCAUUUAUUUACAGAGAUGCAAAAAAUUGGAUUGCAACCAUCAAAUUUUACAUAUGACGGCUUUGUUAAGACUGUGAUGGCUGGGAAAGGAAUUGCAUAUGCCAACAAAGUGAUUAAAGCCAUGGAGAGAAGGGGCAUUGGACUUUACAGUGAUACACUUGCUGCUCUCUCAGUAGGUCAUAGCAAUAGUUCACAGUUGGAUUUGGCUGAGGAACUUUUGGAAAGAAUUUCAGAGAUAAAACCAAAGCAUCUUCAUGCCUUUAAUGCUUUGCUUUCUGGAUGUGCGAUUAUGAAUGAACCAGAAAGAGCUGUGCGCAUACUAGCUAAAAUGAAACAUGUGAACAUGAAGCCAACUCUCAGGACAUAUGAACUUUUGUUUUCUCUGUUUGGAAAUGUAAAUGUCCCUUAUGAAGAAGGAAAUGUGCUCUCUCAUGUUGAUGUUUCCAAAAGGAUAAGUAUCAUUGAGAUGGACAUGUUUAACAAUGGAAUCCAACACAGCUUUGUGUCUAUGAAGAACUUGAUACGAGCUUUUGGAUCUGAGGGGAUGAUAGAGGAAAUGCUGAGGUACCUGAAUAUAGCAGAAAAUAUUUUGUGGAACAUAAAUCCUUAUCAGAAGAGUGAUCUAUACAGCAUUGCGUUGCAUGCUCUGGUUGAUCUGCGAAGGAAAUGCACGAUCAGCAACCUAUUAAGUUUGUUCCGAUGUGACAAAAUGAGGAUUAUUUUAUCUCUCCUCUUUGUAAAGCAUACUCACAGAGCAGUAAUUAUCUUCAAAAUCAUGAGAUCAUGCAGCCUUCCAACUAAUAUUUCAAUUUAUAAUACCAUGAUAGAGUGCUGCAAAUGGUUGCCAUGUUUCAAAUCAGCUAGUGCUUUGCUGUCUUUGAUGCUCCGAGAUGGCUUCAAUCCUAAGGUUGUGACUUUUACAUCACUCCUGAAGGUUGUAUUAGCAAAUAAUAAUUUUGAAGGGGCUCUGGAUCUGCUUGAUAUAUGCAAGAUUGAAGGACUUCAGCCUGACAUACAGAUUUUCAACACAGUACUCUCACGUGCAUAUGCUAGAGGUCAAAUUCAUGUCCUUGAAUAUAUUGUGGAGUGUAUACACCGAGCAAAAAUCCAACCUGACCCAUCAACACUUUGGUACACAUUUUGUGCCUACGAGGAGCAUGAACUGUACAAUACUGCAAUUGAGGCAUUGCUAGUCCUCAGCAUGAGAAUGAUAUCUGAGGAUGUCAGCAUUCUUAGUGAGAAAAGAAUUGUUUUUGAAGAUCUAAUCCUCAGUGAAGAGCCUGAUGCUGAAUUAAGGAUCAUAAGGGCAUUCCAAGCUGGUGAAGAAUUUCUCGCGACGGCUUUACUGAACCUAAGAUGGUGUGCCACAAUGGGUGCCACCAUAUCUUGGUCACCAGAGGAGAGUCUUUGGGCAAGGAGGCUGGCAUCCUCGUAUGAUGCUAACAAGGGACCACAUAUAAACCCCUCGGAUGUUCCCAAAUCUUGGUGA